GCCUGGCCGGGCGUCGCGGACUCGGGAGAUGGAGGAAAAGGAGCAGCUGCGGCGGCAGAUCCGCCUCCUACAGGGUCUAAUCGAUGACUACAAAAACCUCCAUGGCAAUGCCUCUGCCCCAGGCACCUCAUCUGCUUCCCAGUGGCAGCCACCCUCUUACCACAGUGGCAGGGCCUUUGCUGCCCGCUACCCUCGUCCAAGCCGAAGGGGCUUCUCAUCACACCAUGGACCUGCAUGGCGUAAGAAAUACUCCCUUGUGAACCGGCCCCCGGGAUCCUCAGAACCAGCUGGUGACCAUGCUGUGCAAGCACCCCUCAAGGACGAGGGCAGCCAGGACCCUGACCCUCAGCCGUAUAUUCUUGAGAGACAGGUCCAGCUCAGUCCAGAUCAGAACAUGGUCAUCAAAAUCAAACCACCAUCAAAGUCUGGCUCCAUAAGUACUUUAGGAGCCCAGCGGAGCUCUUUGGAAGACUAUGAGGACAUGCCCUGGAGUGACCAAAGACCCCAGGAAGGCGAGGAUGAGCCUCCUGUUGGGAAGCUGCAGCCCUUGAGGCCAGGAAGAGGCAGGGGGAGCUACAGUGCUAAGGAUCCCCUUUUGGUUUGCCAGAAGGAGCCUGGCAAGCCACGGGUUGUGAAGUCUGUGGGCAGUGUGAAUGAUGGCCCUGCGGAGCCCCGGCGGACGGUCAGUGAGAGCGCAGUUGUCGUCCAGGCCUGCUUGCAGUCCUCCACCUUACCCCCACGCACUGGGAUGGCCCUGGGUCGGAAGGUGGGCCCUCAUUCUGCAGCCAGUUGUGCUGUGCAGCCCCUUAGGGAUGAAAGAGUGAAUGCUGGCCAUCCGGAUCAGCCAGCUCCCUUGGGCUCAGUGGUGGCCCCAGCCAGAUCAGUCUCAGGUCCCAGGCAGGCCCGGGAAACCUCACUGCUAGUGUCUUGUCGAACCAACAAGUUUCGGAAAAGCAAUUACAAAUGGGUGGCCUCCUCUGCAAAGAGCCCCCGGGCCACUCGGAGGUCUCUCAGUCCCAGAGCAGCUACAGAGAAUGUGAGCAGGGCCUCCUUUGGCACAUCUGGAAAGACAGAGAAGCCACAGCCCAGAGCUGACCCAGAGGCCAGGCCCAGAAGGCUGGCCAUGAACUCCAAGACCGGGCCCUCUCCCAGCAAGUACAAGUGGAAGGCAUCCAGCCCCUCUGCUUCCUCUUCUUCCUCCUUCCGUUGGCAGUCAGAGGCUGGCAGCAAGGAUCAUGCUUCUCAACUUUCCCCAGUUCCAUCUAGGUCUCCACCAGGAGACAGGCCAGCAGUGGGACCUGGCAGCUUGAAGCCCCUCUUUGGGGAGACACCACUGUCAGCUUACAAAGUAAAGAGCCGCACCAAGAUUGUCCGGAGGCGGGGCAGUACCAGCCUUCCUGGGGACAAGAAGAAUGGCCCCUCACCUGCCACUACCAAGAGCCACCUUAACCUGCGGCGGAGACAGGUCCUUCGGGGGAAGAACAACCCUGUUCUGAAGAGGACUCCCAAUAAGGGCCUGGUGCAGGUCACUAGGCAUCGGCUGUGCCAUCUGCCACCAAGCCGGGCCCACCUCCCCUCCAAGGAAGUGGCCGGCAUGCACACCUUGCGGACUCCACCCGCCAGUAAGGUGAUCAAGACUCGCUACCGCAUCGUCAAGAAGACGCCAGCUUCUCCUCUCAGUGCCCCACCCUUCACCCUGUCUUCACCCUCCUGGCGAGCCAGGCGGCUCUCACUAUCCAGGUCCCUGGUGCUGAACCGCCUGCGUCCUACUGUGACCGGGGGCGGGAAAGCCCCACCUGGGUCCCCUCGGUGGGGCAAAGGCUACCGCUGCAUUGGAGGAGUGAUGUACAAGGUGUCUGCCAACAAGCUGUCUAAGACCUCCAGCCGGCCAGGCCGGAUGGAUCCUACCAGCAGCUGUAGCCGCUCCCAUGCCAGCCGAGCGAUCCAGCGCAGCUUGGCCAUCAUCCGCCAGGCGAGGCAGAAGAGAGAGAAGAGGAAGGAGUACUGCAUGUACUACAACCGUUUUGGCAGGUGCAACCAUGGCGAGCGCUGCCCCUACAUCCACGACCCUGAGAAGGUGGCCGUGUGCACCAGGUUUGUCCGGGGAACCUGCAAGAAGACAGAUGGGACCUGUCCCUUUUCCCACCAUGUGUCCAAAGAGAAGAUGCCUGUGUGCUCCUACUUUCUGAAGGGGAUCUGCAGCAACAGUGACUGCCCCUAUAGCCACGUUUACGUGUCUCGGAAGGCCGAGGUCUGCAGCGACUUCCUCAAAGGUUACUGCCCGCUGGGUGCCAAGUGCAAGAAGAAGCACACACUGCUGUGCCCAGACUUUGCCCGUAGGGGUGCAUGUCCCCGGGGCACCCAGUGCCAGCUGCUCCAUCGUAACCAGAAGCGCCACGGCCGGCGGGCAGCUACGCCCCCCACCCCAGGGCCCAGCGAAACAACUCUCAGGAGCAGAAUGUCAGCUGGCCACGGACCCAGGAAGCCCUCGGCUACCCAGCGUCCCACCAGACAG